AUUAUUUAUAAUUAUUCUAACUAUAAUCUCUUUAUAAAUCUUUGGAAAAUGUUGCCAGGUUUGUGUAUCUGCCUUCUGGGCAUUGCAGUGAUAUUAACAUAAAUUAGCCAUCUUCAACAAAAGUGUGAAAUAUAGAGAAAUAGAGACACCUAGUGGAUGCAUUAUGUCACUGCAUCCUCUAAGCACCACACAGCAGAGUGAAAGUGAAACUUAACACAUGCAAAUGUGUGUUUAUAGCAACAGUGCUAGGUUGCAUGAUGGAAAGCUGCAGGAUUGUGGUGGUGUCCGGUGUACCUGAUGUGUUACCAGACAGCAGGAUGAUAGAUAAGCUCACUAUUCACUUCCAGAGCUACAGGAGGAGUCGAGGAGGAGAUGUGGAGGAGGUCACAUACCCAACCGACAUGGAGGGAGUCGCUUUUGUCACUUUUGACACAGCUAAAGAUGCAGAGCGGGUGGUGCGACAGGAGCAGCAGAUCAUGAUGGACAGCGAGUUACCUGACGAAUACCUUCUCACUGUGUUCCCCUUCACCAGAGAUGUGUUUUUAUACGUCUCCAGCGCUACAGUCGAUCUCUCCGUAUUCGGCAGAGACGAAUCGUCGCUGAUUCAGACUCUGCGCUCGGCUCACAGGUCGCUACGUUUCCAGCCUUCCCUCCAGAACAUGAAAGCCACCGUCGAGGGGCCUUUCGUCGCCGUCCAGGCCCUGAGACAAGACCUCAUCCUCAGGGCCGGCCGGCUUAAAUCCAACGUGUCAGCCCAAACCGUCAAACUGAGAGAGACUCCUCUUAAUCCGAGGGUAAUAUCUCAUCGCGAGUGUGUCGGCUGUGUAAGCUGCAGCGGUUCUAAAGCUAAGCCGGGACCGGCGAGCUCAAACUGCUUAUCGACGCUGCCGCAGACUACAGGUAAGGCAGCUGAAGUCUCAAAUGCAAAAACUGAAAACGCUUCCUCCAGGCGAAAAGUUGUAGGGAGCUUGGGCGACACAUGUAGUGAUGAAGAGGAGGAGCAGAGAGAUCGGCCCAGGCUGGAAAUGCCCACAGAGGGAGCCGAGGCCGAGCCCAGACAAGAGCUCAAUGCCGGGGUUAGAUCUUCCUUAUCAGGCCUGGACCUGCUCUCGGAUGAGGAAAUAUCAGCAGGAGCGGACGCCAUUUCCAAAAAAAGCAUCAGACCUGCCAGAAUUUCAACCCAGGAGGAGGAUCAGGAGGAGGAUCAGGAGGAUACGUGCGUCUGGGUGGACUCGUACAUAUUCAGGUACAUUGAGAAAUUCAACAAGUGGGAGUUCGACAGACACUUGAAAGAUCUCAAUGCAUCCAUCGAGCGCACAGGUUCCGACCUCACGCGGAUUUUGUUGACCGAUAGAGAAACCUCCAAGUCGGCCUUAAGGAUCCAGUACGCGUUGGAAGACCUCAAGAGUUUGGUGGAGUUUUGGCAGUCGAUUUUAAGGGUGCAACAGAUCGACUACGACAACGAGGAGCCUGAGACACUGAUUCAAAUCUGCAGCGAUGUGAAUCUCCUCUACAGUAACGUUCUGUACAUAGUGGAGGAUUCUUGCGUAAAAGUAAUCGGCUCCUCAGUGUCGAGUCAUCUGUUCUGUAAACUGGUGGAGGAAAGACUAGCUAAACUCAGACACUGAGAAGUAGGGCUGUAAUUUCUUAAACGCAUUAACACAAUUUGUGAUUUCUAGGUUGUAGCGGCUCAGUGUUAAAGAUACAGUGAAGGUACUGGUAUUAUAUUAAACUAGAAAACCUAAUGAAUCCAUUG